CUCCCCACCAUCCUCCUCGCUGAUUGGCGAAGAGAUGUCGGCCAUCUUGGAUAGUAGCGGGGAAGACAGAUUGAUGAAGCGGUGACACACGGUAUGUUUGGUGCUAACCGGAAGAAGUUUAUGGAGGGAGGGAUAGAGAGCGAUUACGCGGACGACUCCAGUCUCUACUACACCCAGCAGUCCAUGUUCCCUCCUCACCGCCCUGACAAAGACAUGCUGACGUCUUCCUCUGCUUCCUCAACGGGUCAACUGUCACAGCUAGGAGCCAGUUUAUAUGGCCCGCAGAGCGCUCUGGGGUUUCCCAUGCGUGGGAUGAACAGCAGUGCAGCGCCGCAGUUAAGUCGAAGUGGAUUAAACCAACCAGGAAGCCAACUCCCGAGCCACGGCAGCACAGCGAACACCGGCACGAUGCACACACCCCCCUCACCCAGCAGGGGGAUUCUGCCGAUGAACACCCGGAGCGUCCUGAACCACAGCCAGCAGGUCGGGGGUCCCACGGCGCAGUCGGGGGGGAUGGGGGGUGUGGGAGUGGAGAGGGGGGGGGGCGGCAGGAGCAGCAGCAUGGGCAGUCCCAGCCGGUCGUCACCCAGCAUCAUCGGGAUGCCCAAACAGCAGCAAGCACGGCAGCCCUUCACCAUAAACAGUAUGUCGGGGUUUGGUGUGAACAGGAAUCCAGGAUACAACAUGAACAGCUCCCUAUCCAACAACAUCUUCAACGGCACAGACGGCAGUGAGAAUGUGACGGGGUUGGAUCUGUCGGACUUCCCCGCGUUAGCGGAUCGGAGUCGGAGGGACGGAGGCUCGAAUCCCACACCGCUCCUCAACCCGCUGGCCGGUCGGGCUCCGUACGUCGUUGCGUCGCUAACCACGCUAUCCUCCAUGUUUCCAGUUGGCAUGGUAACGAAGCCAUCCAAUGAGCAGUCUCAGGAUUUCUCGAUUCACAACGAGGAUUUCCCGGCUCUCCCCGGGCCCAACUACCAAUCAAAAGACCCCAGCAGCACCAGCGAAGACAGCAAAACGCGCUCUCACGUCCUGACUCGUCCCAUUUUUUCGGACUGUUUUUUCCCUCCGUUUUUGUCCAAUCAGAAUCUGAACUCGUCGGGUAAGCCCGCCUCCAACUCAGACGGUCCAAAGUUCCCCGGAGACAAGAGCUCCGCGCCUAGCAACAACAACCAGCAGAAGAAAGGGAUUCAGGUGCUUCCUGAUGGGCGGGUGACCAACAUCCCGAUCGGCAUGGUAACGGAUCAGUUUGGGAUGAUCGGCCUGCUGACGUUCAUCCGGGCGGCAGAGACCGACCCCGGCAUGGUGCACCUGGCUCUGGGCUCCGACCUCACAACGCUGGGCCUCAACCUCAACUCCCCGGAGAAUCUUUAUCCUAAGUUUGCGUCUCCCUGGGCGUCGGCUCCGUGUCGACCGCAGGACAUAGACUUUCACGUCCCCUCAGAGUAUUUAACCAACAUCCACAUAAGGGACAAGUUAGCAGCUAUCAAGUUGUCGCGGUAUGGAGAAGAUCUGCUGUUUUACCUCUACUACAUGAACGGAGGAGACCUACUACAACUUCUGGCUGCAGUAGAACUGUUUAACAGGGACUGGCGGUACCAUAAGGAGGAGCGGGUUUGGAUCACUCGGGCUCCGGGGAUGGAGCCCACGCUGAAGACCAACGCCUACGAGAGAGGGACCUACUACUUCUUCGACUGCCUCAACUGGAGGAAGGUGGCGAAGGAGUUUCACCUGGAGUAUGAAAAACUAGAAGAGCGGCCUCACGUUCCCUCCACGUUCAACUACAAUCCCGCCCAGCAGGCCUUCUGAUUGGCUCUACCUCCUCCUCCUGCCUGCUUGCCUGCCUGCCAUUGGUCCUCCUGGCUGUCAAUCAUCACCUCCUAGCCCCGGCCCCUUUUAGGUUUCUCCACCUGCACACACUCACAGUGAAUCUGGCCAGGAGAGGACUUCCUGCUCUCUCUAAACACUGAUAGACUUUAUGAUUUUAACUUUGGUUUGUUCCUUACCUCAUUCUCUGUUUACUUUUUAUUUUAUUUCCCAACCCCCCCCCUCCAUGUGGACUUAACGCCAGCACAGUACAACACACACACACACACACACACUGUAAAUAACUGUCCAUCUGAUCCUGUGAUUCCUCUUAAAAAAUUGACUAUUUUUGUCGAGAGAAGCUUUUAAAAAAACGGAUUUUAAACAAUAAAAUCACCUGUCAGGUGGAUAAUUAUUUCACACACUGUGUCACAGCUCUCUGAUCUUUGGCAGGAACAAUAUCCCCAGCAGCAUUACACACACACACACACACACACAGACAUCAGCAGACAGCGGAGAGUCAGGAGAGGAAAUGCAAUGUACAUUGUAGCACUAUUUCAUAAUAAAAAAAGAAAAAAUAUCCUUUUUUGGUUUGUUCAUAUCAUGUGAAGAUUCGUGUUAAUUUUAAAGAUUUUUUUUGUUUAUUUUUUAAUUAAUGAGGUCAAGUUUAGCAGCCAGAAACACAAAGAGUCACUGAGCGGGAUGUUUGACAUUUAAAAUGAUUUGCACUUGUUUUUUGAACAUCCUUUAAAACGUGGGAUGUGUCAUAAUGCCUCUGAUUGGUGGAUUAAAGUAACAGAACAAAUGUUUAAAUGUUAGCACAUCCCUUUCACAUGGACGCAGCUCUUUCCCAGUUUUCACCUUUUAAUUUCAUUUUUAUUUCCAUUAUUAAAGCUCCCUGUUUCUCCUCCUGUUUCUAAUUGUUAUAUUUAAGUUCUACUCCUUUUCCACCUCCCACAUUAAAUAUCUUUUUUUUUCUGCCCGGCAACAGUCUGGACCAAUCAGAAUGCAGGAGUGACCUUUCACGAGAACUUACUGACAUUUUUGAGAAAUUCUCUUUCAUGUCGAUAGUUAAACUCUCCAGUCUGUACGCUAACUAUGAAUCUAGCACCAGGACAUAUUAGCUUAGCAUGAAGACUACUUUUUACUUUUUAUACAAAUUAAACAAAUACAGUUAAUCAGCCUUAUAGUUGCUGGUAGGUGGAUUUUGUUAGCGCUAAGCUAGCUUUUUCCUCCUGUUUCGAGUCUUUAUGCUAAGCUAAGUUAGCCGGUUGUAGCUUUAUUUUUACCAUACAGACAUGAGAAAGAUAAUAAACAACAUUCCCUAACCUUUACUUUUAGGCCACGUCUACGAGUAUACAGAUAUUUUGAGAUGGCUUAUAUUUUUUACGCGGUGUUAAGAAAUAGUCAAAUAGUCAUUUUUAAGAUAUUUCAAGACUGGAGCUUUGAUGAUAAUUUUUAGACGUUUCACGUACACGAAGAUUAUCAAUUAAUUGAAAAACAUACGGUAAAUUAGUAGAAAAAUAAAACAACAUUUUCCAGGUAAUAUCUGUAUACACGUAGACAUGCCUUUAAAGUUAUCGACACUCAAAACCAACAUAAAAAUCCCAUUUUCUUUACGUUAAAUACCACAUUUUUUUACUUUUGAAUUCCCUCCAGGAGGCACCAAUGUACAUGUAUGUGUAUAUAUAUAUUUAAAUAUAUAUACACAUACACAUAAGGCAGUAUUUUUAAGAAGUCUGAUUCGAGGAGUGCUCCCCCUGCUGGUAAACGAUGCAAUACUUCCACCAGGAGACGGUUUUUAUAGGGGACCAGACUCGACUCCGCCCACAAUCCACCACAGCCAAUCAGUGGCGACCACCGGUUUUUGCUCCCAUUCACAGUGCAGCAGCAAAAAAAAGCCAAGGACACGCCCACUGAACCCCAUGUGACCCGCUCUAUAGGAGAUCUGAUUGGAGGACGAGGACUGAGGCACUUGGCCGUUUUUGGCUGUUUUAUUAAAUAUGGCAGCUAGUGUUUUAAUAGGAAAAAAGAAUAAAAUAUUCUGGUAAUGAAACUGAA